AUACCUAGUGGACAAAAUGAAGAAGAGACUAUGUUAGCACAGAAUGAAGAAAAGACACUGAAACAUCAGGAACCUUCUCAAGACAAAUCCUACGAAAAAGAAUAUCAUCCAAAAUAUGUUCACAUUUCUGAACCUCUGGAGACGGUUCAGACGCUACAGUUUGUAGGGGGGAAACCAGAAACAAUUGAUAGUCUUUCAAUCGUCACCGAUUCUUCUGAAGACGAAUUGAUUCGCCAUGAGGAUAAUCUCCUAGAUGCUAAAUUGAAAGAAGAUAUAAAUGAACAAACAACUGCCAUCAUGCAAGUUCUGAAGGUACUUUCUAUGUGUGAAACGAAUAAGAAGCUGUCUGAAAGUGUUUUGAGGGUUGAGGCAGAACGUGUGCUCCUUAUUGCCACACUGCGAAAAAAUUUAUUGACAGAGGAACUAGCCAAAUCGCCAUAUUACGGAGAGGAAGACAGGAAUGGAUUCGUUUUAUUAUCGAACCUCAGGAUUCCCCUAGAACAAAUUAAUCAGAAAAAUAUCAAACAAACCAGGUUUUUCCUUUGUGUAUUUCGUUGUGGAAGUACAGUUCUUUGUAGUGACUUAUUGAUGCUGAAUAGCCAGGUUGAACUGGAGAUAGAUGAACCAUUUAGUUUCGAAGAUCUUCCAACAAAUUUCCAAAUAUCCGUGGAAAUUCACAGCAUGCACCUCAAAAUAAGGGAGAAGUCCACGGGGAGAAAAAUUCUGAAGAAAUACAGAAAUGUUUUGAUCGGAUUGAGGUCACGUUUCCGGAAUACGGCUGAAGUGCAGCAAAAAGACGAGCCGAAGACGAGGAUAUCAGCCUUCAGCUUAAUCGGAAGAACUACGAUAACAAGGUCCAAUUUGCAGUCGAGACAAUUUUCUUUCGAUAAUGAUAAUACCCAGAAUAUCUCGUUGGAGGACCUAAAAUGUAAUAUUGACAGUGGGGUGAAACUCGAUAUAUUUUUAUCAGGGUUUCUCAUGGUUUGUGAGAGCUGCGGCGGAAAAACCAGGUGGCGUCGUCAAUGGUGUAUUUUGGACGCUUCCGAGUUGAAAUUCUGGGACUACCCAGGCAAGGAAGAGACAGCACAGCCAAAUAGAAUAAUCGAUCUUUCAAGGUCUCUACUACCCAGCAUCAUGCUUGCAGACAGAAAAUUCUGUUCCCGGCCCAGAUCGUUACAUCUAAAAAUUGGACCUGACUGUGCACAAGAAGAAUUUUACCACAAGGACAUAUUUUUGGCUGCAGAUAAUCCCAGGGAUUUCUUAUUUUGGGAAAAAGAACUCAAUCGUGUCUUGAAGAAUUUGAUAAAUUGGGGUUGUAUGAAGACAUAUUUCGAGAACAGCUUGUAAUUCGUCGGAGUAUUUAGUGAUAAAGUCCUUGAUUAUUUAGGAGUUCUUGAUUUUGAAAGGAUUCCUACUUUUGUAUAGAAAAUAUAUUAAACUGAUGCCAAGUGAAAUGGAAAUAACUAAUCUAUAAAUGAAUAGUUCAACUCCGAAAGGAUAUGAAAAAUAAUUGAAUCAAUUGGAUAUGAGAGAGGUGGUAUCUACUUUUCAGUAGCCAUGUGUGAGGAAGCUUAGGUCGUUGAACGCCAGAUGUCGCAUCGAUUUAUCAGCUACUUCGAUGCCGUCGCUGACUUUCAAUAAAAGGACCUCUGCUUCAUUCAGUCAGCAUCGUUUGGUUGAGUUAUUUGGUACUGAUGAGCUCAAACAAGAGCGAAACCGGUCUAUUGGUACUCACCUUAGAUGUUGGCACGUGCUCUGUGGUAUCUCA